AUGAACAUUGACCCUGGCUCUGCUGCAGACGUCCUGUCCCGGCCCAGAGACGCGGAGGUGGUGUGUGCGUUCCAGGAGGACUGUGUGUUGCCGUGCAGGUUCCUGCAGGGGGGCAUGGUCAUCCACUGGUACAAGCAGCAGAUCCCGGUGCACAGCUACUACUACCACAAGGACCAGCUGCGGCUACAAAACAAGCACUUCAGCGGACGCACGCACCUCUUCAACGCACACGCUAACGUGCAAGACCAAGGCCGUUACAAGUGUUUUACCAGCACCCGCAAGGACAGCCAGGAGACCUUUGUUAACCUCCGGGUCAAAGCUCUGAUCUCACUGGUGAGGAUGGAGAUGACCAAUGAGUCAGUGAGCUGCCAGUCGCAGCACAUCUACCCCGCCCCUGAGGUGUGGUGGUCCACGGACCCGGCCCUCCCUCCACACGCCCUGGUGAACUCCACCCGCACCACGCCAGACUCCAGAGGCCUGUUCACAGUGGAGAGCUCUGUGGGGAUUGUGGGUAAUGUCUCCGACUACGCCUACUUCUGCUCCGUCGUCUCGGCAGAUGGGGCGCAGGUGUGGACGGUCUCACACAGACAGCAAGCGGAUAUUGUGGACGAGUCUGGAGGAAGCGUGCUGGUGCCCUGUGUGGCUCCAAAGGACUUCACGCUCCAGAACUUCACGCUCUCCUGGACCUUCAGUCCCAGCAGUGACCCCAGUGUGGACCCCAGCGCUCUCCUGACCUACGACAGUCGCACGCGGCAGACCAGCAUGCCCUCAGAGGGCGUGGAGCUGGACCAGGAGCAGGUGCUGCUGGGAAACGGAUCCCUCCGCCUACUGAGUCCAGAGAGCGCAGAGAACACGGGUCACUACACCUGCACCUUCUCCGCCCUCCAGACCAGACACCUGGUCCAGACCUGGGUCAACAUCACCGACAGGAGUGCAGGAAGCCCAUCAGGACAUGCAAACGGAGGCAAGCUGGUGAAGAUCAGCAUGUCUCAAUUAGAUGUGCCCAUGCUGGCUCUCCCUGGCACAGAUGCCACUGGGUCGGAUGGCACAGAUGCCACUGGGUCGGAUGGUUCUGCUCUGAAUGAUGGAGGCGGUCUCCGACUCCACGCAGCCAGAGAUGACCAACAUAUCACCCAAGGACACACAGACCGCGGCUCUGGCGACUUCCAGAGACAUCCGAUCCCUGAGUGUGGCGCUGCAGAAAUAGAGCCAUCAGGAGGUGAUGACCCAGGAGAGUUUCUGAGAGGAAGUGAUGUAACAAUCCCUCCAGAGUUUGGAACUGAUUGGCCAGACCCGCCUGUGCCAGGAUGUGAUGCCGGAACGCCAUGCGCACCAGGAAGUGAGUCAGUUGGGCCAGGUCCAGGGGACAGUGACCCAGCAGUCCAUCAGCACACUGGAGGUGGUGAGUCAACACCACAGGUAACAGGAAAUGAUGUCACAACACUUCACACAACAGGAAAUCAUGUGCUAACUCCUGGCAUGCCAGGACAGGUGAUGGUGAUCCACUGCGAAGCAGAAAGAGCUCCGAAAGACCAGACGCAACGACUCAGCUCCGCAAACUCUGACUCAUACUUCCUGAAGCUGGCUCUCUUUCCCUCCCGUAAAGACAUCAUUCCCAACAUCCUAGAGGGCGACGACAGCGUCUUCAUCGUUCCUGAGCAGUUUCAAAUCAACGGGUUCAGGUGA